UGUGUGUUUACUAUCCGAAAAAUGUUUCGUUCUUCAUCAACAAUAUUAUUAUUGACCAUUUUUUUGGUUACAAAUAUCAUUUUGAUAUCAUGUAUACCAUGGAAAUCAGAACAACAUAAAGGAACUGAAUCAAAACAUCAACAUUUAUUAAAUCAAACACAUGAAUAUGGUCAACAAAUUCAUGGUAUUUUUCUUGGUGAUUCUAUUACUGAAGGAUGGUUAAAUAAUGGUAAAAAUGUUUGGAAACAAUAUUAUUCCAAUCGUCAUGUAUUUAAUUAUGGUAUUGGUGGUGAUCGUACUGAACAUGUUUUAUGGCGUAUUGAAAAUGGUGAAUUGGAUGGUUUGAAUCCGAAAUUAAUUGUAUUUGAAAUCGGUUAUUGGAAUAUUGUAAUGGGUGAUAGUUCGGUUGAUAUUGCUGAAGCAAUACGAAUAAUAUUGGAAAAAUUAUUGAAAAAAUUUCCAAAUACAAAAAUAUUAUUGAUAAGUGUUCUUCCAUGGGAUCAUAAAGAAGAUCAUAUGCAAAAAAUUGAUGAAAUUAAUAGUAUUAUUAAAAAUAAUUCGGAUGAUUCAAAAAUAUUUUAUCUUGAUUUAGCAAAAUAUUUUCGUAAUGAAUCUGGUCAAUUGAUUGAUGAAUAUUAUAAUGAAAAAACAAUGAUAUUAAGUAAAAAAGGAUAUCAAAUAUGGCAUAAAAUUAUGAAACCAAUGUUUGAAAAAUUAUUACAAUGA